AAACACGGUACGUUACGUAUAGUUGUCGACUAAUUUCCCCCGAAUACACGAAGUAAGGGGGAAAAAUCGACAUUUCCCCUCUAUUUACGCUUCCGUCCCCUUUGUUCACCUUUAUUUCCGCUUUAUUGGUUGUUUGGGGUUUAUUCUCUUCCCGAUUUUCUCACUAAGAGACGGAAUAUUCCUACCAGACUUUCCUGUUUAUGUCUUUUGAGAAAAAAAUACCGCCAACUGGACGCAAACUCAUAGGUGAAUAUAUUAACAGUUGCAUACCACAUACUUCCAAAUUUAUACAGAGGUUGACUCAACAUGUCAGAUGUUGUUGAGUGUUUUGUUUGCAAAAUUAUUUUUUGUGACCAGGAUGCCUAUUGGAAACAUGUCUACGAGGAAGACUGUCACAAUCCGUGUAGAACUUCAACUGCUAAUUUCAGUAAUGACAAAAAUAACAUCCAAAAAUCUGUUGAAAGCCUGUCUAAAAUAAGCAAUCACUCUGCCCAAUCAUCUACAAAUCAGCCUUCCAAUGUUUUGUUAAAACCAUCCUCAUUUGAUAAAGUGUGUAAUGUUAAGGCGCCACUCAAUAAAAAACCUACUAAUAAGGCUUUUUGCGGUGUUUGUCAAACCUACAUGAGUCCUUUUGAUUUAAUUCGGCAUGAGACCGGUAAAAAGCAUUUGAAAAUGUUAGAAAAAGGAAACCUAUAUGCCCCUAAAUCAGUCGACGGACAUCAAGAUGCCAACCAUUCUACUCUUAAUCAUCAAGGAAAUUAUUUUAAAGAAGAAAAUUAUUGUGACCGUAAUCAUAACCCCCAUAGCAUGACUUAUGAUAUACCGUCGUGUAAGACUUCAUCUUCAGAGGCUCCAGUAAAAUGUGAUGCUGAUUCGCAGUUCAUUCCUAAUGUACGUUCGCUCUUAAAUUUUAAUGAGACAUCCGAGAAUAAUUCAAGCAAAUCAGCUACUAAGUCUAUUUUACGCAGAUUAUGUAUGACGGAAAUUUCAUCACUUCUAAGUCAAAUGAUUGGAGAUAUGUAUAAAAAUACUCAUUUUUAUAGGCAAUUAAAAAUAAAGUGUCGGAACGACCUUAAUUCUAUCUUGUGUCUUGAGGUCCCUAUUCUGCAGAGCACAGUCAGUCAAGAACUCUCAGAAUCAAAUUCUUCCGGACUAAACAGCGUUUAUCAUGAUGAAAAUACGUCGCUCAGUCAGUUACUUUUGUCUUGGGUCAAACAACUCCAUGCACUAGACAACGAUUAG